CCGUAUUGUAAUAUUGUUAUUUAGACUUUUAUUUGGUUUCCCCAUAUGACUCAGAUUUUCUUUGAAUGAUUCACGUAUAUUAUUGCCAAACAAAUUGAAAUAAUUAAAAUCUAUGUAUAAUUGUUUUUAUUGUACAUAAUUCAUGUUAAUAAUAUUAUUUUACUUGUUCUUAUUUACGUGGAUAUUAUCUUGAUUUCAUUCGAUCAUGGGAGACUUAAUAGAAAUAACAACAUGGCCCAAGCACCUCAAUGCGUUUUACAAGAUCACAAGUAAUGCCCUCGCCUUUGAAGUGAUGGCUAAUGGGAACGCUGCAAUAGGACUGUCAAGGAAACCAGCAAAUGACUGUGAAUUUUGGAUUAUAAUGGGAGAAAGGCAGCAAUGCUGGAUCAAGAAGCAUGACAGCCCUCGCAGAGAGGUAGCACACACCCCUGGAAUUCUCAGCGGGGAGGAAUACCGCAAGUUCUGGUUGACCUGGGCCAAUGGCACUGUGCGUCUCGGGAGGGACGGCUUUUCUGAUACCAUAGUCACUUGUGCCAAUGAUAUUAAUGAUAUUAAGUAUGUCACAUUCUCAGUGGUGGAGCAGAGGAACCCAGUGCACUGGCGGUUUGAAAUACCACCACAAGCAGAGAAACUGAAUAACCGAGAAAUAACAGGCUGUGACCUUCAUUGGGUGACAUACGAACCGGAGCAGGAGCUCCCUGCAGAGCCUCUUGUAGCGGGCUUCGAGAGAGAAAGGCUGUACGUUGCCCGGGCCAAGCACCGGGGCUCCCUGACACCCGGGAAGUUCGUAUCCUCUUCUAAAAAAGCAUAUGUAUCUUGGGGAGGACAAGCAAAUGAGAAAGAGGAGUUUGAGGUUCUGUGCGGUUUUGAUGGAGUUUGGAAACCAGCUGUAGAAGAUAAAAUACCCGUAGGAGCAUUUGUCGCAGGCCAUUCAGAAGAUGCUCUUGAAAGACUCUACAUCGGUAGGGUAGAGCUUGAGGGGCACCUCAUCCCAGGGAAAGUACAACCCUCACAUCGAGUGUGCUACGUCCCCUACCAAGGCAGAGAAGUGGGCUUCAAGAAAUAUGAAGUUCUAGUUGUCCCAACUGAGAACGAAAGAUGUGUCAAUAAAGUUUUCGUGUCAGACAGAUGUUGGCAACCUGAUAUGGAAGAUUACGAUGUUGCAGAUUCAGAUGUAUCUAAUGAUACAGAUGAAGAGCCGUUCGUGGAUGGAGUUGAACCCGAAGACCGAGUUUACAUAUUCUAAUACAUUUUAAUGAUUGUGUAUUAGAAUUAGAGCUUGCAAGUUGCAUACGUAUCAAACUCAGGAAGUCACUGUAGGUACCAAGGUGUAAAAAUAAUCAUUAAGUAUUACAUAUUAUAAGAUUUAUAAGAAUUCACACUUAAAUUUAAGAUUUAUUACCUACAGUUCGAUAAAGUGUCAUCUUUGUUAUUGUUUUUUGUUAUACCUUUAAAUUUUAUUUCAUUUGUACCGUUGUGUUAUAUUUAUCAUUAAAGUGUCGUAUUUUCUUUAUAUGAGAUUUUACUAUCAAAACAUUUCGAUAUUUUGGUUCGCAGUCUCAUCCGGGUUUCGUAAACCCGGCUCCGUCCCCCGUUCUCGUGUUACACUAAUCCGAAUUUGCGGCCCGUUUGGAACGGGUAAUACAAUUCCGGGUACUCGUGUUACCCGCGUGUCCAGUUCCACAGAUUCUAAUAACACACGGGGUCCGAUCCGUUCUCGUCGUAUAGGUAUGAUCGUAACACUAUUACUUUAUGCUCUUGUAAUAAGGAUUACAAAUGUACAGCUAAACGUGUUGUCGAUGGGACGUGUUUCUUAAUAAAGUGAACAAUUUAAAUCAGUCUCAUUAAGAAUGAAAGAUAUAAGACACAUAAGUUUUUGUCGGAGACAUACCCAGAUCUUUGCCGACCACCCUACCACGGGCUUUGACAGGUUUGUGUACCCACUUUGGACGCCUAGCGCCACCGCAGGGGCUUAGAUCACCACGGAUACACGGGUAGGGUCAUGCGCGGGUCUGGCUGGAGCCUAAGUUGGCCAUACAAAUAGACCACGUGACCCCCCCUGGGGCCCCGGGCCUUUACCACGUGACCCCCCCCCCCAUCCCAUGGGCGCGAAGCUGGAUACGCGCUUGGGUAGGGUUGUAGAACGGAUAUCGAAAGCCCUAGUAUAUACAAGCAUACUCACGAUGACCUCCAGACGCCCCACGAUAGAGUAUUUGGAUUUGGACUAUCAGAUAGCUGGAAUGUAGGUAUAUAAAGAUUAUGUCACCAUGUGAAUAAUAGUUAAUAGGGAGGUUCCAACAAUGAUUUUGCCUAAUGUGU